AGUGUGCAUGUGUGUGCAUGUCAGUCUGGAGGACAAACUGCAUGUUCCAGGCUGUAGUUUGGGACUAUUUUCACGGGCUCCUUUAGGUGAAACAACUAAAGUGUCUCGAAGGAUCUGCACCAUCAAUACCUGGACUCACCUAUGUAACCCGGUCAAGCAGAGGAAUGUGCCUGGGGGUCCAGUCGUAGUUCGCUCCGGUUCAGUCUGCAGUGAGAUGGGCUCAGAGGAGCAAAGUUCAGCCAUGUCACAGAAGAUCUCUUCAGUGUCACGCAGCAACAGCAGCUCCUCAUCUAAACAUGACAGCCGACAGGACAGCUGGGAAAUUGUGGAGGGCCUGCGUGGAGGCUUCAGCACCAUCCUGGAGCCGCAGAAACAGGAAGGCUAUCUGCUAAAGAGGAGGAAAUGGCCCAUGAAAGGCUGGCAUAAGAGAUACUUCCUCCUGGACAAGGGCAUCCUGAAGUAUGGCAAGUGCAGCGCUGAUAUUGAGAAAGGAAAACUACACGGCUGCAUUGACGUGGGCCUCUCCGUCAUGGCAAUUAAGAAGAAAUCCAAGUGUAUCGAUCUUGAUGCUGAAGAAAAUAUCUAUCACCUAAAGAUUAAGUCACUGGAGCUGUUUGAUGAAUGGGUGUCCAAGCUACGUGACCAUCGACUCUAUCGGCAAAAUGAGAUUGCCAUGUACCCUAAUGAGAAGUCCUUCUACUACCCCCAUUACCCCUCCCCCAGCUCACCGGCCAUGCCCGAGAGUGCCUCUAUCCGAAGGUGCAUGUCUAUAAGAAGGCAGUCCACAGUGCCUUCAGCUGGAUCCUUCCCUUUUAGCUGCAGCAGCCAGGCCAAGGUAGCAGCUUGGCUGCAGUCAUCUAAUGACAUGGACAAGUGCUCAAAAGAUUUAUCGAUCUGUGAAGUCUAUCUGCUGGAGCUCAACCACCUGCUUCAAAGUAUGGAGGUCCUCCAUCGCACCUAUUCUGCUCCAUCAAUCCAGGCACUACAGGCAUCUACAUUUGACAGCCCUAAGAAAGAAAAGAGACUUCCAAGGAAAUGGCGCACUAAAAACUACAACAAAGAUGUCAAAACAACUCUGCAGGUACCCAGCUGUAUCUCCUCUGGCUCUGUUCGCCUCCAUGCCUCCAACCCAAACCUCUCCAGCGCUGCUUUGGGCAAUGACAAGGUUGACACUGAAUCUCUGGAUUCUGUUUUUGAUGUGGCCAAGCUGCAGGAGGACUUCUGCCGUGUUGCCACUAAUUUGCACACAACAAUGACAUCUGCCCUGGGCUCACUAACAUCUGAGAGAGAGAGGCUAAAACAAUGUCUGGACCAUGAAACAUGUCCCCCUACCUCCCCGCAGGUCGUUGGUUUGAAGAAUGCACUGUCCACAAAACAAGAGUCUGUGGACGAAUCCCAUCCCCUUGUACACCAGGUGUCCAAUGAGAGCAGAGCUUCAAUCACCGAGUCUUUGUCAGAGUUCUUUGAUGCACAGGAGGUUCUGUUGUCUGCAAGUUCUUCUGAAAAUGAGGCAUCAGAAGACGACUCGAAUAUAAGUGAUAUUAGUGACAAUAUAUCCAUCGGUAACUUCAGCAAUGAGACAGAAAAUGAGAGGCCAAACUCAGGCUCUGUGGAAGAGGAUACCGUCCUUUUUAAGCGUAGAUCUUGUCUGCCCUCACCCUGCCCCAACAACAGCACCAUCAGCCUGUGGAACAUCCUCAGGAACAACAUCGGCAAAGACCUUUCCAAAGUGGCCAUGCCUGUCCAGCUAAAUGAGCCGCUCAACACCCUGCAGAGACUGUGCGAGGAACUGGAGUACAGUGAACUUCUCGACAGGGCUGCUAACACCCUAGACCCCUUUGAACGUAUGGUGUACAUAGCAACAUUUGUAGUGUCGGGCUAUGCAUCAAGCUACUACAGGACAGGAGGAAAACCUUUUAACCCCAUCCUAGGAGAGACGUAUGAAUGUGACCGGCCAGAUAAAGGAUUUCGAUUUGUAGCAGAGCAGGUCAGCCAUCACCCACCGAUCUCAGCGUGCCAUGCAGAGUCUAAAAACUUCAUCUUCUGGCAAGAUGUGAGGUGCAAGAACAAAUUCUGGGGGAAGUCAAUGGAGAUUGUUCCUGUUGGUACCAUUCAUGUUACUCUGCCAGGAACUGGAGACCACUAUGAGUGGAACAAGGUGACGUCUUGCAUCCACAACAUUCUCAGCGGACAGCGCUGGAUCGAGCACUACGGAGAGAUCUCCAUCAGGAACUCUAGCAGUGACAUUUGUCAAUGCAAGAUUACAUUUGUUAAGGCGAAAUACUGGAAUUCAAGUGUGAAUGAAGUGGAGGGAACUAUCACAGAUAAUAAAGGAAAAGUUGUCAAAAGACUCUUUGGGAAGUGGCAUGAAGCAGUUUUCUGUGGUGAUCCACCUUCAGCCACAUGUGUCUGGAGGGCAAAUGCAAUGCCUGUUGACCACGAGCAGUACUUUGGUUUCACCAAGUAUGCUAUUGAACUGAAUGAGCUGGACCAGUCCUUCAAAAACCUGCUACCACCUACAGACACCAGAUUACGUGUUGACCAGCGAUUACUGGAGGAGGGCAACUUGGAGGCUGCAGAGGAGCAUAAACAGAGAAUCGAACAGCUGCAGAGGGACAGACGGAGGAUCCUGGAGGAGAGCAACAGCGCACAUCAACCUAAAUUCUUCAGGAAGUCAAAGGAUGAUAACUGGGUGAGCAACAACACAUACUGGGAGCUGAGGAAGGACCCUAACUUCAACAACAUAGAUUUUCCUACACUGUGGUGACACUUGAACUGCAGAUCUCACACAUAUUUGGACCUGCACAGCCUCUACUGUUUCUGGAGAUGUCUGUAUCCCAGUCUCAUCAUUCACAUUCAGUGCUGGUCUUCUUUAUUGCAGUUCAUAAAAGUCAUUGCCUUAACAGCAAGUGCUUCUAUAAGUUGCCUGAACAUGUUUAUGCAAAAAUAUUAUCAGAAUGUUACAUUUUGGCAAAUUUUCCCCUGUUUUGACUUGAUUUAUUACACUGCACCUCUUAAACUGAGAAAGGGAAAACUACAUGGCAUAAAGGGAAAGAAAUCCUUAACAUAACUGGUGUACAUGCCUACAGUGUAAUGAGCAACUUGUCACUUUAGCUGUUGUGUAAUCAUGGACAUUCUCUACCUCUGAGAUAAACAAGCCUUCAUAUGCCAUGAUAAAAUGUACAUAUCCAAACAUCCAGUAUUUAGUCUGCACCUGCCUGAUACCUUACUUGUAAUUUAUUUCACAUUAUGCACCUCUGGUAUCUGUUUUUAAUAUGUUUUGUAAGGAAUUCUCAUGACCAAAUGACUGAUCUUCUAAUCCUGUAGUUACGUUUUUUUGUCUCAUGACAAUGAUUUUUUUUAUUUGCUAAGACUUGGUGAACGACUGUGCGACCAUUAACAGUAGUAGCAACUGUGUUUUUCAGCUAUUUUGAUUUUAAUUUGUCCAUUGUUCUACUGUGUACAUGGACCCUGGGCCUUGGGACCAAGCACAUCCAAGCCUAAGUAACAAGAGCUCAAAUAAAUUCUCUGAUGCUU